CGUCCGAUGUUGCGCGAUCUUCGUAAAACGAGAUUUACGAUUGAUAAGGGACGAAGUUACCAUACUCUCGGGUCGUUUGUAUGCAUCUUCACGGCGUCCAACAGACUGAUACUUCGAUGAAGUUUCUCUCUUUAUUAAGUCUAGCGCCAACAACUAGACAGGGGCCGUUGUAACGCACCAAUCGAACUCGAUCCUAUCCAGAUCGAGGGCUUAGUGCAUGCUGCAUCUGCAGGUGGAUGCUUUGGUGAUGGCGUGAUGCGAGAGGCAUAUCGCGUGCUAACAUCGCAGUUCGAGCGAUCAGAAAUUGUACUACACGAAAACUACAACCUUUAAAUCUUGUUUAUGAGAUAUACACGGCAUGAUGAAUGUGUGCUAACCUACGAACAUGACGGUCAACAACUGGGAACACACUGCGCACGAAGCCGCGCGACGGGCUAUGGAUACGCUGCUAGUGAACUGGCAUCUAGGGCUGACGGCUUUCGGUGGUCCACCCGUUCAUUUUAAGAUUUUUCAUGAUAAAUUCGUUUUGAAGCUCAAAUGGAUUAAUGAGCAGAUGUAUCAGGAACUCUUUGGCGUCUCGCAGGCCUUGUCUGGCCCCGCGAGUACUAAGAUGUUGUACUGUAUAAAUCUCAUCCAUAAUGGUUUGCUUGGGGCUAUCCUCGGUUUCUUCCUUUGGAGUCUCCCAGGGGCACUAGGCAUGCUGGGCUUGUCUAUCGGUGCAUCAAACAUCGGAGACUCUUUACCUCGUCCAGUAUACGCUUUGCUUUCGGGACUCAAUGCUGCCACGGUGGGAAUCAUUGCGCUAGCGGCAGUUGAGUUGUCGAACAAAGCAAUAACGGACAAGCUCAUGCGAUUUCUUGUCUUCUUGGUUGCGGCCGCCGGGUUGCUUUAUAAUGCCUUAUGGUACUUUCCAGUUCUUAUGUUUGGCGCCGGUUGCGCUGCUAUUGUUUACGAUUACCGUUGGAUCCAUCGGACUGUCCGAACUAUUGGGAGGAGACUUCAGCGGGGAAGCCCAAUAUCGACUGGAGAGCGGCACAUGACAGAGCAGCAGUCUGUUCUAGCUUCAAUUUCGUCUUUGAACUCGGCUGUCAAUGGAAGCAGGCAUCGUAGAGAAAUAGUCGCAUCGGAUGUGACUCUAGAAACGCACCCGGCGAGCCUGUCACUUGAGCCCGGACCUCGCAUCAUUCCGGAAGAAUAUCGUCUAGACUUCUCAUGGAAAGUUGGAGCUGCCGUCAUCGCCAUAUUCUUCGCCACAUUUCUCGUAGUCAUAGUUCUACGAGGAACCCUAACCCAUCCACCCCUCCUCUACAAACUCUUCGCUAACCUAUACCUCGCCGGCACUAUAAUCUUCGGCGGCGGGCCGGUCGUGAUCCCCUUGCUCCGAGAGUACGUCGUGGCUGAGGGGUGGGUCACUCCGCGCGACUUUCUGAUCGGGCUGGGUGUUGCACAAGCCUUUCCCGGCCCGAAUUUCAAUUUUGCCGUUUUUCUAGGCGGCCUGACUGCCGUUCAUGGGGGAUAUUCCUAUGUCGCCGGUGCAACUAUCGCGUUUUUGGGUAUCUUCUUUCCCGGCAUGGUUCUUGUGCACGGGACAAUGGGAGUAUGGGGAGGCUUGCGGAGUAGGCGUUGGGUGAAGUCGGGAGUGAGAGGCGUUAAUGCUGGGGCUGUUGGGUUAGUAUUCACGGCUGUGUACCGGAUCUGGCAAGUUGGAUAUAUAGACAAAAGUUUUCAGUCUGGGAGAAGUCUGGGAGAUGAUCCGUGGUGGGUAGUCGUAACUGCAACUGCUUAUGUAGGAGGUAAAUACUUCGGCGUCGAAGCUCCGUUAGCUAUCGUUCUUGGGGCUGUUUUGGGCUUGGUUAGAUAUGGAGUUGUGGUUGGUCAUUACUAUGCCUCUUAGGUGGACUAGCUUAGAAACCGUAUAUCCCAAUGCUAUUAGUUCAGAAUCUAGCUCAAAUACAACUUGAACUUGGUGAGUUGUUGAUGAG